CCCCACGAGGCAGGCCAGCCCGCCGGCGAACAGGCGCAGCCGCAGCUGCAGGAGAGGGACUGCAGCACGGAGCGCUCCAAGCGGCGCUUUGUCGACGUCUGCACCUCCGUUAUGCGCAAGCUGCAGGCGCCGCAGGGGCGGAGCGACAUGCAGCAGGAGGCGGUGUCGGCAAGGGCCCGAAGGGCUUCGGAAGCGGAGCGGAGCGGCGACGCCGGCGCCCCAAGCGUCGAGAUGGAGAAGCUCAUGAAGGCUAUGCUGUCCGUCGCUAGCAGUCUAGUUCACAAAGAGGCAGAAAAGAGAAGUCUUUAA